AUGACAAUGAUGGGAGUGAUGAUUGUGACUAGGUUUGUCUUGUUCGUGGGCCGGAAGAGUUGCAGGCUGAGAUGGAAGAAUUAUCUGAGACCCAACAUAAAACGUGGUGGGAUUUCCAAAGAUGAAGAAGAUAUUAUUAUCCGAAUGCAUAAGCUUCUGGGAAACCGAUGGUCUCUGAUCGCGGGUCGCCUCCCAGGUCGAACGGAUAAUGACGUGAAGAACUAUUGGAACACCCGUUUGAACAAGGGACGGUCCGGAGGCAAAAGAAAGAGCCCCAGCAGUGAUGAUAACGCUGGGCACAAGAGACGCCGAGGAUUGCCAAAUUCUCGGCCCAACUGCGACGGAAGUCCAGAGAAGAGCAGUGAAGGAUCUGAUGGAAGGAAGCAAGAGGCGUCUCAUAAUAUUCCUGACAAUAAUCCUAGGAUGGAAGAUACAAAGAGCUUCAACCAUGACAUAAAAUCUCCAUGGCUGCCAAUUGUCGAGGACAAAGCAUUCUUAUUUUAUGUUGAACCCUUCAUAUCUUUCUCAGAUGCCUUUGUUUUAUUUGAAACAUUGGGAGAGAUAGAAUGUUGAAGACACCCACUCACCCUCACUACCGGAGGAGGGCAUGAAGCGACUGCUGUGUCCUGGGCUGUUGAGUGUUGAAUUAUGAUUACUGUUGUUGAAUGUUGAAUUAUGUUGGUUCUUUUU